AUGCCGCUCUCAGUGGACUCGUCUGCCGUCCACAUCCAAAACUUCGCGCCUGGGUUCACCACGACGCCAGGUCGCGCCCCAACGUCGGUCACUGUUCAUCCCGUCGCUCUCUUCUCCAUCCUUGACCACUACCUCCGACGGACGGACGCGCAAGAGCGGGUGAUUGGGACCUUGCUUGGAAAGCGUUCCGAGAAUGGGGAGAUCGAAGUCCGUUCGUCUUUUGCCGUGCUGCACAGCGAGACGGAGGAGCAGGUAGCUGUGGACAUGGACUACCUCAAAACGAUGUACGAGCUGCAUCACAAAGUAAACCCAAAGGAAGGUAUCGUCGGAUGGUAUUCUACGGGAUCAAAUCUAAACACUUACUCUGCCCUCAUCCACAAUUUCUACUCGCAAGAAACCGCACCACACCAGGCCAUUCACCUCGCCCUCAACACGGGAGUCGUUGAGGGCGAGCAAGCGGGGAUUAAGGCAUAUGUAGGAUCACCUGUUGGUGUAUUCCCUAAGCCCGAAAAUUGCGUUUUCACUCCCAUCCCGUGUGAGCUGCGAUUCCAAGAUGUGGAGCGCAGUGGGUUCGAUCUCCUCACAGGCACAGCUGCAUCUCCCACCUCAACUGCCGCACAUCCAACAACUGAUCUGGAGGUGCUCGAAAACUCCCUGCAAUCUGUUAGCGCCAUGCUUGAUCGGGUCCUCUCCUAUGUUCGCUCAGUGCUGUCUGGCGAGGUGAAAGGUGACCCCGCUGUCGGGCGGUAUCUCAUGGACACACUGGGCGCGAGCACGGAUGACUUAGAGAAGAAUGGAUUCAACGCGAGUCUUCAGGACACCCUUAUGGUCUCGUAUAUUGCAAGUCUGGUUCGUUCGCAGGCAGAAGUUUCCUCGCGAUUGGCGCUUGUAACAGCAACGUAG